GCGCGGACGAUUGUGCUCCGAGCGAAUUGUCCGCGCCAACGAAAAGUAAGAAUUGUUCGCUCGGGGAUAGAGAUAAUUUCGAAAAAACGUCCGGUCGGAAUUCGGACAGGUCCGAGGAUUCUGUCAAGAUUUUUCGCAAAAAUACGACUGUCCGCGCUUUCUCUGACAAGCCCGGAAAAAUGGGAGGACUCGCGAACGAUUCGGCGAGAAAAAUAGCGCGACAAAUUAUUUACAAGAACGUAUCGUCGAGAAAUCAUCUCAGCGACAAUGACGAAGAAAACAUCGCGGAUGUUAGGCGAAUUUAUUGGCGAAUUCUCGAGAAUAGCUCGAACAUGGAUUGGGACGGUUUUCGGGAACUGGUCGAAACUCUUCACCCGCGUCAAAGAGAGUUGUGGCGCGACAUAUGUCGAACAAUCGACGAGGAAGCGAAUAGAGCGUCCGUCGACGGGAACACGGAAGUUUGUAUAGAGAUCAGUCCGGUAGAUCGUGAAGAGUCUCCGGAGACGAGCGGAGUAAUGGCACGAACGUGGGAGAUCGUGUUCGAGUUGGAUAUGACGUUGAAGGACGUCGAGGGUUUUCUUAACAAAAGACUGCGGCCCGCCGAAGAGCGUCUUGACACACAUAAGGAUGCCGACGAAGAUAUUGCGAGUCGGAACGAUGGCGGGCGAGGGACGACGAUUUCGAAGCGGGCUAGCUAAUUGCGUCCUGGCCUUAUUUAAGGGCCAUUUAUUCGAGCUAAGCUAGGAAAACUCCACGAUACAUCUUGCACGUUCUGUCUACCAUCCAGUCAUCAUGCUGAAAUGAAGGAAGCGUGCUCGUGCCUUGAGAAGGUCUUAGUGCAAAAUCUUCACAACGAUCUGACACCCUCGUUAAGCGAGAUAUUGGGCAACGUGCCACGUUGGCGUUUGAUUCAAGCCGCUCUUCCUUACGUUCUCCAUGCUACUGCCAGCCUCUUGCACAAUAGGAAGGAUUUUCGGAACCUCGGUUGGAUGGAAACGACUCUGCUUUACAUUCUUCAUUGGAUACUCCUAGAUUCGGCAGAAGAAUGCGCAGAAAACGAAGCCGAUUCGCCAAAUCCUUUUUACUACUUAUUUCCAUUACCUACCAUGACACUCUUUGUCUAUCUGUUCGCACCCCUAUGCAAUCAUUUAAAGGACAUCGGUUUCAAUGCGAGUUUUCGGUUAGAGAACGGCCUAAAAAUAUGGUCCGCCAUGAACGAGUACCGACAUCCGGAUGCACUUUGCUUCACGGCGCACUGUCGCGCCAAGCCGCGCAUUUAUUGGAGCCAAUCCUUCAAAUCCACCAAGCAGCAUUUGUUGUCAGAUGACGUUUUUGUUGGAGGAAAUAUCGAGAGUCCACCGAGUCAAUCGUUUUCGGAUCAAAGUGCUCCGGCUUCGAAGGGAAGCGACGAUGACAGUACACGGCUGUCAUCACCGAAGGAGACGGUCCAUUCCAGUCACAUCCCGGAAACGAUUCCCGAGGAGAGCUCCGGCGCGGAGGAUGAGCAUGUAGUAAUAUUCAGGUUACCAUCUUUGAGCGAGUCGGAGAGGACGCUUGACGGGGUAAAAGAAGUUUCCACCAUAUUCGCAGGUGAGGCCAGCAUCUUUCAUGUCGCGAUGGGCAGGACGACCUGCAGCCCCUCGAGGCUGACGAUCGAACAGAUCACCGCGGUCACAGGACUGGACACUUGCAAGCCGUUUAACGGGCAGGUUGCGAGAACCGGAGGCACGGACAAGGAGAGGGAAGAGAAAGCUUCUAAGCCGGAGAAGGAAGCGUCGCAGGAGACGUCGAAGACCCACGGCAGUUUGUCAAGCCAACGUCAGGCUGGUGACACGGAGCACGGUUCCACGAGCAUCGAUCCGGACGUUCGCGCGGCAACUUUCCUGGACGUAGCCACUCUGAGAUGUUUGUUCGUACCUCAAUGGCAGGAAGAAGGCGUCUUCUGGGCUCUUCAAUUUUUGUAUCAUCGGCUACGAAGGAUCAACGAGGAAAGCUUGGUGCAGCAGAUGCCACGUCGUCGUAGCAACUCUCUGCCCAUACCGAAAAUCGAGGUCUCGAUUUAUCAGAGCCCCGAGAGCAAAAAGAAGGAUGUGCUGAAGGAUUUCAUAGAAGUGCCCGAAGUGCGUGACGUCUCUUCGUCGACGGAAUCGCACGACGCGCACAAAGGUCCCGAUAGCGAAUCAAGCCAUACAAGACGCGCCAGCGAAAAGUCGAAAAAGAAGAAGAAGAUGGCUGAUCUCAGAGCUUUCGUAGAGACGAAAAUACUCUCGAAGUCAGAGAGGGCACUUGAGAAAAUCGAUCAGGAAGAGCCUAAAAUGAUGUUAGACCAGGAAUGUCGAAGAAGUCUCGAUACUGGAGACGAUUACCUAGUACCGAGACCGACCUCGGCCAGCUCAAAGAUUUUCGAAGCAAAGGACGUUGACCACAUGAAGCAUCCCACAAAUUUGAUCAAAGGGACGAGUAUGCCAAGUUUAAGCUGCUUGAUUAACGAGCUGACCGCGGGAGGUUCGUACGUCGGCGACACGCGUGUCGAGAGGAAACAGAGUCGGUUUUAUAGCCACUCUUCCGCACCGAACCCCAUCAUCACCGUCACGGAACACACGCCAACUCCAUCUCCCGAUUAUAUGAAACGACAGGGAUCUAUCGAUAGUCAGUUAGAUGCAAUUAGUUGUCAAGGCGGUCGUUUGUAUUCCGAAAGAAAGCCCAGUCUCACAAGAUCUCAAACAGAUUCCAACAUCACGUACAUGAGCGAUGAAGUGCCAGAAGCUCCGGGCUCGUCGUGUUACAUCACCAAAGAAGGCGAUGUUGAUCUUCAAGUCGUUCUGAAGGCGAUACACUUCAUUGCUUUGCGAGAUAACACCACGUGUACGCCGCGAGUCUGUGAGGUUAUUCUGAAUCUGAUGGAGCUCUUGAUGGACAUGGGCGUGAUGAAGCAUUGCCUUCGGGAAGAAGCCGGCAGUAACGCAGGGUCUGGUACGGGAAUCGACAAUAAAUCCGAGACGGGGAAGAAACAGGAUUCGCCGACGAAUCAGGAUCGCAGGCACGAUUCGAUCGAAAAGGGCAAACCGACCGCUCACAAUCUUCUCAUGAACUGCGUGGUCAGAGUGCUGAAGCAUCUGGGUUGUCCGCACGGUUGCUUGGACGGAGUCCGCGGGCCCCAGGCCGACAUCUGUCGCUCCCAGAGUCAGACCAUCUUGACCAAGUUGCACCGUGCGAGUUCCCGGCAGUUCUCGCGAUUCUUGCGAACGAUGAUGCGAGAACAACCGCUGCAGGAAAUCAUGGACUUUUUUCACGCGUACGUCGGAUACUGCGUCGACCCGAGUUCGCUGUUGUCGCCGCUCAAUCAGAAGCGAAUAUCGAACAAAUCGCCUGACGUGGCCUCCCAGAGCGGAUACGCGACGAACUUCGGCGCCGGCAUAAUCGGUUCCGGAGCCGGAACAGGUGGCGGAACUGCCGUCGCAACGUCGGGCGGUUUCGCCAGCGGUUACGGGAUGCGCGGUAUCGAGGGGCAGAUCGUAGCUUGCGUUCUGAAGGUCUUGGUCACGCGCCUGGCCGCCAAUCAGAAGCAGCUGAAGGCGCAGGAAAACAUUUGUCUUUACUGCGACGUGCGGCAACUGAUGACUUACGUUAAGGAGGCGCACGGCGGCACCUUUCGGCGCGUUAUUCUCAGCGGUAUCCUCGACUCCGCGGAUCGACCGAACAAACGGUGUAACAGCAACGUACAAACAACACGUGUCAUAAGACAUAUCCAUCAGUCGGAUUUAGAGGAACACGGGGACAUCGGGGGAGACACAUGUUACACGGUCGACGAUCGAGGCACGCGGAAGUUUCUCUUUAAAAAGAGAAGCACGUCGUCCACUUGCGCUGCGGGAUCCAAUUUGCAGAGCCUCCUCGAGACGGAACUGAGCGAAGAUAACACAAAAGUCAGUCAGAGUCCGUUAGGUAAUAUACGUAAGAAGCACGUGCUAACACCUAGGCAGAGCGAACGUAAUUUAGGUAUUAGCGAGCUCUCGCUGGGAUCGGGAAGAACGCGGAGGCCGACUAGAUUUCAAAUCGGUGGUCUCGUUAAUUGGUUCCGGAAGGACUACAGCCGAACCGAUUCGACCGAUAGCCAUGAAAGUAGCGAGUCGCCCACAGACUGUAGCUUUGUUAGGCAGCCGAGUUUCCACAGUUACGCUCUCCAUCGCAGCUCGUCGCGAAGCGGUCGCGGGGUUGGUUUAACUCUGCAGAAAGCGAAACGUCGAAUGGAGGACCAGUUGACCAAGAUCGGUAUCGGGAAGAGUAAAAAGAAAGAAAGCAUGGAAGAGGCGCCUGGAAGUUAUUUCAGUCGGAGAAAUUCUGUGGAACUCGGCGAGACUUGCAGGGAGUCCGAGUUUGUGGUCUUGAAAGAAAGGAGAUUGGUACCUCGUACCGCGGUGUUCGACGGAAUGUUACGAUUUUCCUUCCUUUUAGAAACCUGCCAGCCAGGCUCCAUUCCCGAUUCACAUCUGAUGGCGUCGCUUUUGGAUCUCCCGUACGCGCCGGUGGUGUCUCGCGCUUGCAUGAUACUCGAGUGCGCGCAUUUGGUGCACCAGUGCAACCGCGGCCAUUGGCCAACGUGGAUGAAGCACAACUUUCCUAUGUUCCGACCGUCUGUGCCAAUUAAUAACCGGAGCUCCUCUACCGCGCUCAGGCGUGUUCAUAUUUUACAGCGCACCGCGGGAAAAUUAUUUUAUCAAUGGGCAGAGGCAAUAGGAGCGCGCCUGGAAGAGUUCCUAGCAGAGGACAAAGUAAAUAUAGAUCAGGUCACGAGCAUAGUGUCCGACGAGAGCAAGCAGAGAGAUUUAGUUCUAGAAGACGAGGAGGAGGACUUUCUUGAUGACGCUAGCAUAAAUGGUUACGGAUCUCAGUGCCCUUUCGCUCUGCGUCUCGUCGCUUGUAUCUUGCUGCUGGAAGUGACGGCGUUUUUGAGAGAGACUUAUCAAACCUUACCAAAGGCGAGUAAGUUGUUAACGAAGGAACGUCCACCUCCCUGGGAGAGAAUGUACAGUCGGGAAGCGAAUCGGCGCUGGAGCGUGGCCUUAUCGUCCAUGGGUCAUUCGCAAACGUCCGCGCAGAGUCUUCAGUCCAUAGCUGGCGAUCGUGACAUUGUCGCGGAGCGUAAAAUUAGUUUCGUCCUCUACGAGCCCGACAACGAGUCGGAGGGAAGCAGUAAAUCGACAGUUACGAUACAAGGAGAGGAAAUGCAAAACAUCGAAAAGGAGAAGGUAAAGAGAGUGCAAGCACCUCAAGGUAGACCGUUUCUCCUUCGUCGUAGCACCGCCGGAACUGGCUCGUUUAAAAAGAGGAGUCUCAAGCUUCGUCGCAAUACUAAAGAGGGCAAGGACACGGAGUGCGAGGCAUAUACUGUGAAACGCGCGGAUUCGAUACAAUCCAAGAGGAAGGUGAGUUCGUUCUCGGACAGAAGCGACACGUCCGAGCCCGGUGUUGGCGGCGAGGUCAGUGGCGAGGAAUCGCCGGGUAUUCUCAGCGACGACCAGCCACCGGAAAGUCCGAGCGACAGCAACGAAACCGACGAAACCAACAAGAAUUUUCCGUGGAUGAAGGUGCUCGCGCACUUCACCAAUUCCUUCAACUUCUUCUGCUCCCAUCAGAAUUUCUGUCAUCCCUUCUGCCAUCGGCGACAGAUGCGCGCUUGCAGCAGGCUGAUAAAAUCCGUGAGAAAGAUCUACGGCGAGGAAUUCGGUAUACUGAACGGCUCGGGUUUGUUCGAGGUCGGUACGCACAAGAGAGAAGACAGCAAGAAGGACAAACGUAGCCGUAAGGUGUCGGAUCAGACCAGCACGCAGGUGUCGCCUGUCCGAAGAAAAGACAGCGUGGGCCGCAAAUACAAGAUAGACAAAAAUCUGGACGGUUCCCAAACCGGCCGGUUAGCGCACAGAGAUUCGUCGAAAGAUCUCGCGGAGCAGGACUCCGAACGAGGCAAGGAGUUCUCGAAGAAAUCGAAGUGCGACAUCGAGGAGAGCAAGGAGUCACCGCCGCCGAUUUUAAAGUACAUAAAAACUCAGGUGAAGGACGCUUUUCACGCGCCUCUGGCCACACUGAUCAAGGGUGCGGUUGUCAUGCCGGAGGAGAUGUUCGUGGAAGUGUUGCCGGUCGCGUGGGAACUCUUACUGGAGUCGAAUCAGGAAGUCGCGGCGUCGGCCGCGGCGCUCUUCAUAAUAUCGGCCGUUCGCGCGCCGAAUCAGGCCAGCGAUCUGAUGCACAAGAGCCUACAGCACAGCAACACCAGCGUGCGCAUUAACGCCAUCCUGCGAUUUCAAGUCCUGUGGAAAUUGCGAUAUCAGGUGUGGCCGCGUAUGGAAGAAGCGGCUCACUUGACCUUCAAAGUGCCUCCGCCGGGAAUAGAAUUCACUCUGCCGUCGCCAAAGAUCGGAAUAGAAUCCCUGCCUGUGGUCGAUCCGCCGUGGAUGCCGCAGGUGAAGACCAAAGUGGAAGAAGUCACCAUCGAUCACGAACGUCAUAGAUCUUUGGUAACCGCGACGAAAACGCGGAAGAAGCAACAAACGGAGCUGAUAAAAAAAGCUCUUCAGGCGCAGGAUGACAAGAGGCGAGAGGAGAGAGAAAAUUUUCUCAUUACAACGAUACCAAUCACCGUCCAGGCUGCUUAUGAGCCCAGUCCAGUAGGAGAUGAUCAUGAUGAAGGUAACGCGGGAGAUGAAGAAGGUGAAACUAUUCCGAGAAAUAUGUUACAUCAUGGCCAAUCAGCUCUCUCGUUAUUUCCUUCAUCGCUGUGUUCAGCGAUCGUUCAGAUUAUUAAUCUUCUGGACGAUCCAGCAGUCUCUGAUGAUGGAAACGCCGUCUAUGAAGUGGCAUAUCAGGUGAUCUGGAAUUGCCUGGUGGAAGACAGCGCUUUGUUUCUUCGAUAUGUGUUGGAGCGCCUCACGAGGGAGAAGCAAGAGUUAAUGUUUAAGAUUUUAAGACACCUCAUUAGAUUUGUGCCGAGGUUACCGCAGCAGGCUGCGUUUGCGUUGUACAAUUAUAUCAUUGGAUACGUUAUGUUUUACGUGCGUUCUCCGCACGAAGAAGGUCAGAAGUUGAUCGGAACAGCGCUGUCUAUCUUAUGGAUGGUGGUGCACAGUGUACACGGCAUUAUGUUCAAAGACCUAAAACAGAUUCUGCGGAAAGAGCAAUGCGAUGCGUCAAUUUUGCUCACGGCGAACGUUCCAGCCGCGAAGAAGAUCAUCGUUCACGGCCCGCAGGAUCCUGACGCCGGAGAAAUUCCCUCGCAAUUCCCGGUUCAGGAAGACACGCAGUUUUAUCAGAUACUACGAGAGUCGUUGGAUUUUUUCGGUAUCGAGGAAUCGAAACAUCACGAGUACUUUCUCGUCGAUUACAAGACGCAUCAAAUACACAACCCGUCGUCGUACGUCAGAGACUUCUAUUUCUUCAAGAGAUCCCAGUUCCCGCAAAUUGAGCUCGUCCACAUGAAGCCGGAGGACGCGUUCAACGCGCUUCAACGACAGGAAUUGAUGCACAAGUUCGUAGAAAUAGGAAAAGUUCUGUUGACCUGGGCCAUCUUGAAGAAUGUCGACAUGGUGGUGCAGAGAGUUGUGUUUCUUCACGAGGAGCUCAUGAAGCUGCCGUCCUUCCCGCGAAAAGCGCUGGAAGCGGACUUGGAUCUGUACAAAGGUGGCGAAAUUGGAAGAGAGCUUCUUGGUCUGGAUGUGAUGCACAAGUUCAUGUGGGUCAGACUGAUCGCGCGAAUGUUCGAGGCAAUGGCCGGGAAUUUCGCGUAUUCCGGCGACAUUCACCUCUUUCUGAACGUCCUAAAUGGCGCCGUUAUUCUUCACAGCGAGGACAGUUGUAUUCUGCGUUACGUCGUGGCGACCUACAUAAACGCAGCGCACAAUUUCAAAAAUAUUUUUUCAACGAACGGUUACUUGCUGAUCAUGCCAACAUUGUUGCAACUGUAUUCGACGCAUCAGACAAACAAACUCGUGAAGACCACUGUUGAAUACGCCGUCAAGCAGUUUUAUCUAAUGAACCGCAAACCCUUUAUUCUUCAGAUGUUUGGCAGUGUAUCCACCAUACUGGACACGGAUGAGACAAGUGUUCAUGGCGAGGCUCAUAAGGUUCCCUCCACGUGCCUGUUCAAUUUGUUGUUAAGUCUGGAAACUCCGUCGCCAGAUCCACUCAAUAUAGGAGAGUUGGUGAAGGAAGAGAAGCCUUUGAAAGCGAUAGAUUUCUGUUAUCACGAUGAGGACGAAAUGGUCAACGUGCUCGAUUGCAUAUCUCUGUGCGUGAUGGUGAUAGCUUAUGCGCCCGAUUCUCUCAGAGGUCAGCAAAUGUUGAUAAUAUUGGAAGCGAUACUGCCAUGUUACAUUCAGCAGAUUCAAUUGCCCACGUAUAACAGAGAAGGAAAAACGGAGAAGGAGAUAAUAAAUCAAUUGGCCAUCGCUGUAAAGACGUUGGUUAACAACUCCGAAGCAUUGGGAAAAUUAUACAAUGGUCCGCAAAAGUCCAGUCCGGAGCACAAGGGCUCCAGUCAGAAGAAUUACGGCAAAGGUCCGUACUCACCGGGUUUCGAUUUCGACGACGACGCACACACGACGAAAUACAUAAAUCGCACUUCUUACGAUCGGGACGAGGACGCGGAGAAUUUUCACAAAAACGAAUUCAGACGGCCUCGCGACACCCUGUUGAACAUGGUUGGUGAUUUCGUGGCGCGUUGCUCCACUCGCCUGAUAGAACUCAACAAGAAGUCCCAGGACGGGAAAACCAUCGAGUUGUUGGACUCGAAAUGCCACGUGCGACUAGCCGAUAUCGCUCACAGUCUUCUGAAAAUCUCCCCGUACGAUCCGAGUACAAUGGCCUGCCGGGGAUUGCGAAGAUACAUGAACGACAUUCUACCCUCGACCGAGUGGACGGCUGAUGACAUGCGACCGGCGCUAACGCUCAUCCUCAGAAGAUUGGACAAAACCUUCAGCAAAAUUCACAAAAAAGCAUCGAUCAGAAGGAAUACCGAUUGGACCGCCGCCAGCGAUCUUCUGAAAGGGGUUUACGAAACCAUGUCGAGGUGUCCGUACAUCGCGCACUUCCAGUAUCUGAAGACACUGUUGAAUACUUGUCAGUCUUUGAUUGUUGGAGACACCCCGCCCGAAGACGUAACGUCAGCUUCCGCGGCCGCUUUGAUGAGCAAAAUACCGCCUUCGUACUUUUGUUCGACGGUGUUACGUCUGAUAGCUUUGCACGUGAUAUCCAUCGGCGAGGGAUACUCUCUGGAGAACGUUCUCGGUGGUCAGAACAUGUUCGCCACGCAGGCUCGCACGCAGAACACGCUGUUGCACUUACUGAUACCGUUAUUUCUGCGUGUUGGAACUGGCAGAAAAGAUGUGCCGAAACUGAGGCAAUCGGACAUCAGUUUUGCUCUAACGGCGGUACUGAACACGCUGUGGCCACCGGGUGCGAAAGCGAUGCAAUCAACGAUACAAAAACAACCGACGGAUAUGAGAGCCGGUAGUCUGACGUUUGCCGCGAGAGACACGAAGAUUUCAACAAGAACAUCGUUAACGUUAUAUCAAGUCGCAUUUUUGGCGCUUAAAAUCAUGACGAUAUGUUUCGAGACCGAGCUGAAGACGGAAUGGCCGAGAAUCUUACGCACAAUGCGUCUCCUGAACAAGCGCAACGAAGCUUCCAUUUAUCUCUGGAAUUUCAUCGAGUUCGUAGUGACGCAUCGCACCGCACUGUACAUUCAAAUGUUUCCAUUCAUCGUUUACAAGAUCAGGCAGGCGCCGAUAUCCGAGCACGAGCGAAACAUGCACACUAUCAUACGGGAAAAGAUCAACGGCAGAAGCACCACCGUGCCGAAAUCGCGGGGCGCGCUACUUAUGGAUCUCAUUCACGAGCUGAAGAAUCUCAAGGAGGAAAUUGAAGACAAAAGGCUCGACGAGAUGCAAGCGGAACCCAAGAGAAGCGUCGCGGACAUGCAUUCGAUCGAGGGCCAACCACGUACUCAGAGGCCGUCUCUGUUGAUGGAUCUUCUGACGGGCGACCUGGGAUCUAGAGCUCACAUAAAUCGUACGCCCGCUGAUACUCCGGUGUCUCAUUCCACAGUGCCUCAAUCGCAUUCUCAUUCGACUCAUCAAUCCAUCUCGAGUAGCACAGUUAAAACAACGCAAUCCAGUCAAGUAACAGCCCCGCCGAACGGUAUUCACGCUCGCGGGUCUGUGUCAAGUACCAGCGCGGGGUCCACGUUGCGGGAAGCGAGCGAGACCGCCGGGGAAUCCUGCGCGGAACAGCCGCCACCGACGUCAACAGGGAACGGAGGAGACACGGUGACGAGCCAGCAAAGUCCGAGCAGUCCGACCGAGGACAGUUCCGGAGAAUUACGUACCGACAGGCAUCGCUUGCAACAUACUUUGGGUCAAAGCAAGAGAACUUUUCGCUUCAGAAGGAGUCGAAAGAGUCACAUUGAGAUAAGUGAAACAAUGCCGGAACAGCCGGACGUAGAUCCUGGGGAACAAUCAACGAGUCACCUUUUACUGCAGACACCGUCGACGUCAGCGAUGGAUCCGUCGUACAUCCCUUCCGAUUCUUCGUCCGUCCGUUCCAGACGAAGUCUGUCCAUUCGCAGAUCAGACGGAGAUAAAAACAACUUUAACGUGCCAGUCGACCAGCAGCACCUUCACGAAACGACGCACCAGCACCAACAUUAUCAUCAUCACCUACACCAUCAUCUAUUGCACCCUACGCCCGAAGUGUCGGACGUGUCCUGGGACGAGGAUACGUCCAGUACUUCUGGAUAUCGCGAGUCGUACAGUAUGCAGCUCGUGUCCUUGGACAGUACCAAUGCGCGUUCGGCGCACGCGCCGCCGUUGGCGUCACCGGAUCUCAACGAUAUGCCAUCCACGAGCAGCACGACGACCAAUUACAUAGCCUUUGAUGGCAGUUCCCCGGAUUGUUCGAUCAACGGCAGCGGUGGCGAGAAAACCGCUCUGUUAAGUUCGAGCCCGAGAACGGCCUCCCAGCAUUCAUUGCUGGUGGUCUUUCCGAAAGAUCAGGACGAAGAUACGUUAAUAUAAAAAAGCACAAAAAUACCUUGACAUUUAUUGUCGAUUGAGACUGAUAACUUAAUAGAAUUAAUGAGGAUCAACAGCCUUACGGUAAUAGGAGAUUUAAAGAAACAAAAAAAAAAAAAGAAAAAAAGAAAAAAAGAAAAUAAUGUUUAAAGAAUAUCGGAGGGUUAUAAGGUCAUAA